AGGAAAAAAGAAGGUAAAAGAAAAGGGGGAAAGAAAAAAGAGGAAUAAAGAAGAAAAAGAAAGAAGGGAAAAUAAGGAGUAAAGAAGGAAAAGGAGGAAUAGAGAAGAGGAAAAGAAGGAAUAAAGAAGGAAAAAGGAAUAAAAACGCAAAAGGAGGGAAAAGAAGGAAACAGAAGGAGUGUCCUCGCCAGGCUGAGUUUGCCGGAAAAGCCCCUGGAAAGCUCAGGCCUCCAAGCUCUCCUCUCAGCUCCUUUGACUCCAUCCGACCCCUCUGUUCUUCCCAGGAAGUGGUUUGGGAUGGGGCUGUUCCUGGAUGGACGUGGAUCGUUCCUAGGAGCCUGACCUGCACCCGCUGGAGGCAGGACGCCACGGUGAGGGGCCUGCGGGCACCUACUCUGAUGGAGCAGCCACUGGAGCACGGAGGGAUGGAACCAGCUCCAUCCAGCGAUGAAGCGACACCUCAGCUCCCAAAUCCUUCCAGCGACGAAGGAACCCCUCAGCUUCUGGUCCCUUCCAGCGAUGAAGGGACCCCUCAGCUCCCAAAUCCUUCCAGCGACGAAGGGACCCCUCAGCUCCCAGAUGCUUCCAGUGAUGAAGGGACCCUCCAGCUCCUGAAUCCUUCCAGCAAUGAGGGAACCCCCAAGCUCCCAGAUUCUUCCAGCGAUGAGAGGACCCCCAAGCUCCCAGAUCCUUCCAGCGAUGAGAGGACCCCCAAGUUCCCAGAUCCUUCCAGCGAUGAGGGGACCCCCAAGCUCCCAGAUCCUUCCAGCGAUGAGAGGACCCCCAAGCUCCCAGAUCCUUCCAGCGAUGAGGGGACCCACAAGCUCCCAGAUCCUUCCAGCGAUGAGGAGACCCCCAAGCUCCCAGAUCCUUCCAGCGAUGAGGGGACCCCCAAGCUCCCAGAUCCUUCCAGCGAUGAGGGGACCCCCAAGCUGCCAGAUCCUUCCAGCGAUGAGAGGACCCCCAAGCUCCCAGAUCCUUCCAGCGAUGAGAGGACCCCCAAGCUGCCAGAUCCUUCCAGUGAUGGAGAGACCCCCCAGCUCCCAGUGGAGGGGGCAGGAAUGCCGGCUGAUGGCCGGGAGAGCCCGGCAGUGGCCCUGGGAGCCACUGUGCCGUAUUCCGGGGAGCAGGACUUACCUUCCAGCCCUGGCGUAGGGCAGCCGGGCUGCGCCCCACAUCUCCCCUCUGAUGAUGCUGGGGAGAAGCAGCCUGCGGAGGGUGGGGGGUCCCUGCUGGGCACCCUCACCCCCAGCCCAGGUGCAGGGGUGGUGGGGUUACAGGCUGAGCCCCCCCAGACCUCAACCUCCAGUCGGGAAGUGGGGGAGGACUUUUAUUGCGUGAAGUGGAUCACCUGGAAAGGCGAGCGGACGCCGGUCAUCAUGCAGAGCGCGAACGGGCCCUGCCCACUCCUGGCCAUCAUGAACAUCCUCUUCCUGCAGUGGAAGGUGAAGCUGCCCCCGCAGAAGGAGAUGGUCACGGCCGAGGAGCUGAUGGCACAUUUGGGGGAUUGCAUCCUGUCCACCCAACCCCGGGAGCCGUCGGAGGGGCUGCAGCUCAACUUCCAACAGAAUAUCCAUGAUACCAUGAUGGUCCUCCCCAAGCUCUCGACGGGGCUGGACGUUAACGUGCGCUUCACGGGCGUCUCAGACUUCGAGUACACGCCCGAGUGCAUCAUCUUCGACCUCCUCAACGUCCCACUCUACCACGGCUGGCUGGUGGACCCCCAGAGCCUGGAGGUGGUGCAAGCCGUGGGCAAGCUAAGCUACAACCAGCUGGUGGAGAAGAUCAUCACCUGCAAACAGGCCAGCGACUCCAGCCUGGUGAGCGAAGGACUGGUGGCCGAGCAGUUCCUGGAGACCACAGCCUCUCAGUUGACCUACCACGGGCUGUGUGAGCUCACAGCUGCCGUCAGGGAGGGCGAGCUCAGUGUCUUCUUUCGCAACAACCACUUCAGCACCAUGAUCAAGCACAAGGGCCACCUCUACCUGCUGGUGACAGACCAGGGUUUCCUGCAGGAGGAGAGGGUGGUCUGGGAGAGCCUCCACAAUGUGGACGGAGACAGCUGCUUCUGCGACACUGAGUUCCACCUCAGCCACGCUGAGGGCAAGGAGGGGGCCACCGUGGCCGCCCUGGACCACCAGCUCCAGCAGAGCCAAGUGGACCAGGAUUACAUGAUCGCCCUGUCCCUGCAGCAGCAGCAGGGCCAGGACCCCUCGGCGCUCAGCGACUUGGAGCUCGCUCGCCAGCUGCAGCAGGAGGAGUAUCAGCAGCAUCAUCUUCAGCAGCAGCCACGCGCGCCAGCGCAGGGCCGGGCACAGACGGGCGGGCGACCGGCCGGCGAGCGGAGGCAGCGGCAGCGCCCAGACCUGGACUGCACCCUCCUAUAGCGCCCGGUGCCGGGCACGGCGUCGGGGGCACCCACAGCCCCCACUCAGAGACCUCCUGGCUGUGCCGGGGUGUGAGGUGGGGUCCCUGCACCCUGAGACUCCCAUCUCCCUGCACUCAUCUUUCCUUUGGGGAGACCCCAUGAGGGUCCCCACAGAUGGGAGUGGGGGGUGCCCUUCCUUACCCUCCACUGGGACCACCCCGAUCUUUCCAGUGGCCUUAACACAGGGGGUCCCGCAUGGGGGGGAUCUCAGGGGGUUCUCCCCCCCCUCAGUCCCUGCUCCAAGAUGGGGAGAACACACACGUCUGGACAGGGAAAACGGACCCCGUGUCCGAAACGCGGCCUUAGCACUUUGGGAAUAAAGGAUUUGUCCCCAC